GGGAUCGCGCUCAUCUGUUUGACUGGCAAAUGCCUCCGGUGUAAAAGGCCGAUCAUUAUGGGGGACCCAGGACCCCAAGACAGCGUGGACCCUGACCGACCGAACGCUGCGCAGAGCUCAUCGAGGCGGUUUAUACCGGGAUAAGAACAUUUUGUGUCUCCACUAAUAUACAGUCAGUCAGUGAGCUGCAGACGAGGCGGUGUUUGCUGGGAUUCAAUCAGAGUCAGAGUCGCGACUAGGUAGGUUUACAAGGAGAGAGGGACGUGAGGAAACUGGAGAGAGAGCAGUUUGCAAUCUAACUGGAUCCAGCUCUGAAUUUGGAGAAUGAUGGAUGGAUUGUCGAUAACAAGCCAGUCCGGUCAGCCCAACCCAGUCAGAGCAGGGUGGGUUCAUCCGGAGUGAAAUCAGUCGGCUCUCAUCUGUUGGCUUCUCGUCCGCCGGGCGGCGAUGUCCGCUUUCUGCCUAGACCUGCAGACGUCUGCCGUGGUUUCAGCACCACUGGAACUGGACAGCGACUGCAUGGAGUCCCGGGCCAGCCCCUCCGCCCAUGAGCCUGGCGGCUUUCAGGGUCAUCCGCUGCGGCACGCCGGCUCUGGAGGCCUCGGUAUGGCCUUGGAGGAGGAACUGGCCAUGCUUACCGGGGAGCGGGAGGACGAGGAGGAGCUGGCGGACCUAGAAACGCCUGCGGUGGGGCAUAACGCAGACUUACUGUCGCUCUUCCGUCAAAAGGAAAAAGACUUGGUUUUAGCUGCUAAACUUGGCAAAGCGUUGCUGGAAAGAAACCAAGACUUGACCAAGCAAUAUGAGAAAAUGCACAAAGAUCUCAACGAGAAAUUAGAGCACUUGGAACAGGAGAAGCAUGAGUUGCGUCGGCGCCUGGAAAGUCGAGAGGGGGAGUGGGAGGGUCGUGUGGCCGAGCUGGAGACGGACGUCCAGCAGCUGCAGGGUGAGCUGGAGCGCCACCAGGUCCAGCUGAGAGAAGCUGACAGGGACAAGACCAAGGCCAUCAGUGAGCUCUCUGAACAGAACCAUAGACUGCUGGAGCAACUCAGUAGGGCUGCAGAGGUGGAGAAGCAGCUGUCCACUCAGGUCCAUUCAUUACGGGACGACUUCAGGGAGAAGAGUAUGUCUACGAGCCAGCACAUGACACGACUAGAGACUCUACAGGCUGAGAUUAAGAUGCUGUCGGAGAGGAAGAUGGAGCUGGAACGCCGGGUGCACGCAAUGCUGGAAGAGAAUGAGCUGCUGCAGAGUACAGUGGACGACCUCAGAGAGAGGACGCUGGUGUUGGAGAAGCAGUGUCACGAGAAGGACCUACAGUUGCGACAGAGCCAGAUGGAGCUCCAGGAGGUUCAGGUUUCUCACAGGCAGCUGACUGCUCAGCUGGAGGAGCUGACAGAGGAGCACAGCCUCCAAAGCCUCACCCCACACCCGUCCAGCCUGCUGUGUGAGAUAGAACAGAGCAUGGAGCAGGAGGAGCAGGAGCAGGAGAGGGAGCAGUUGCGUCUUCAGCUGUGGGAGGCCUACUGUGAGGUCCGCUCACUCUGCUCCCAUCUCCGGGGAAACGACGUCACGGACUCGGCGCUGUCCACCGACUCUUCCAUGGAUGAGUCCUCGGAGACGUCCUCAGCCAAGGAUGUGCCUACUGGCAGCCUCCACACCAGCCUGCUGGAGUUACGGAGGCUAACACAGAACCUGCUGGAUGGCAACGAGUCCACGGGCUCGCGGCGCAGUGAUGAGGAGGCUCUGGAGGAGCAGGUGAGGAAGCUGGGAGAAGAGCUGAGGGAGGUCAGAGUCCUGUACGAGGCUGAGCAGGACAAGACACGCAGCAGUGACGAGGAGCUGCUGCAGCUGCACAGUCAGAUGGCGCUGCUCUCUGUAGAAAUGUGCUCUCUGCGGGAGGAGAACCAGCGGAUCAGGAUGAUGGCUGAAGUCCGAGAACCCAGCGAGCAGCUCCAGAGUGCAAUCAGAGACAGAGACGACGCCAUAGCCAAAAAGAAAGCGGUGGAGAUGGAGCUGGCCAAGUGUAAAAUAGACAUCAUGUCUCUGAAUAGCCAGCUUCUGGACGCCAUCCAGCAGAAGCUCAACCUGUCGCAGCAGCUGGAGGCCUGGCAGGAUGAUAUGCACAGAGUGAUUGACCAGCAGUUGAUGGACAAGCACCAGGACGAGUGGCGCUCGGCCCCUUCCUCCCUGUCAGGGUCAUCGAGAGCCCACGGCGGUCAGUCCUCCAGACGAGCUCACCGCAUCUCCGACCGGGACAAGAGACUUUUCUCUUUUUUCAAAAAGAACUGAGCCCUGUCGGACUGGCCCCAGGCACGGCAGACGGACCACCAGGGGACAAGGAGGGAGCGACAUCGUAGUACAGGGGCAACAACGCAGCCAAAGACGGGCAGUGGCGCACACUGAGGUUUGGGGGGGGGGGCUCAUUUUGCACUUUAUCUGUACCAUUACUCUUCUCCUUACUGAUUAAUUGGUGACUGCUGACAGUGAGAGAUGGAAAUAUAAGAAUAGGACUUCCCCAGAGGCUUUGGCUUCAGCCCCUCUCAUAGAAAGCUAUCGGUCUUACAGAACAUGAACAGGGUCACAAAGUUUACCUCCAAAGAGGAAGGUUUCCUUGUAGUGCCUAUGACCAUCUCUACUAGCCCACUGCCAACUCUGUAGAGAGGGGAACACCAUGUACAAACUCUUAUCGUAUGCAUCCCAGUUAUCAGGCCAAGGAGUCUGGGGAAAGACAGUUGGGUAUAUGGGACAUUGCAGGAUCAUGGGAAAAGAUGAGGACAGUGGGACAGAGCAGGAUGGUGAAGCUGCAGCCGACCGACGUAAUCUCUCAGGUUUAUUCAUUUUGUCAGGGGACGUUCAGAACAUGAGGCAACAGCUUUAUGUAUCAGGACCAUGGUGUACUGUAUAUCUGACAAAACAACUGACAAAAAGAAUGCUUAUUUUUUUAUGGACAGCCAUGCAGCUUUUUUUCAUUUUACAGUGGGUAUUUGCCACGAUUGCAUGUCCCAAACCCCCAAACCUUCAGUCACAGUAAGAUGAAGAAAAACUUUUAAAGCGGUGCUCCAGUAAUUUACUUACUCACAAGAGAGAUAUUAAAGCUGCGCUAAACAAUAUUUUUAUAUGAAAAAUGAAUCAAACAGCUAUGUCUAAUAUGAAAGGGGCCGCCGGUAGUUGACAAACCCACAGAGAAUCGCUCCUAGACUCUGUAGUUCGCCUUAGCUCUACGGAGCAUUACAGUCCUUUUUUUUAGUUCAUUUUUGGAUUUUUGGUUUGUUUUUAUUUCUUUUCUACAGCCACAACUUUAUUGUUUAUGGUUCAGUCUCACCAGGCUCUCUCCAACCCAGUUUUCUGCAGCAGGCAGCUCUAAUAAACCUGCUAUGUGUUUGCCUUGCAGCAACAAACAGCAGACACACAAAGUCAUUGACCUGCUGGUGAAUAUAGUGGAGCAUUCAGCAGCUAAAGAGGCAGAUAUAUUGUUCUUAAAACUUAAAACUCCAAAUUACUGCUGUGAACAAUUAUUCGCUAGCAUUUGCUAAACAAUUUUAAAAGUUGAAAUUUGCCUAUGCAGCCAGAAAAAUCAGUGCAGCAAAUUCAAAGCAGCAGAGUUCGAGAUGUUCAGUCUUUUAAUCCGCAAUAUCAAGUUCCAAAAACACAGGAUCCUACAUAUCCCAUAAUGCAACCAAUACUCUUUUCAUUACACCUCUCCCGCCCCCUCUCCUUUAGAUUUCUAUUCCUGUUCGUCCCCAAAAUCAUAUCACCGUGAUUAAGUUAACAGGACUCUCACAUCAAGUGAAUGUAUAAAAACCAGCACUUUUUAUUUGGACCUGUCUCACGUCCAUGGUGAACUCUAGUGAACUCUAUGAGGCCUUUAUGUUCACCUCUGACAUCUGAAUAAACCUGUGGGUGGCUGACAUUAUCGUCCAGGUGAUAUGUUCUUCUACAGUUCACGUUAUAUUUAACAUUUAAACAUUUAUCCUUUUUUCAAAGAAAAAAACACUGUCUAGCAUCAUCCUCAUGAUGUCAAUCAUCUUCCUAGUUGACCAAAUUUUCAAAAUGUUUACAUCAGCUUGAGAAGGAGGAAGAACUACUGUAUGUAGAAGGCUCAUCAAUUCUCCAAGUCAAUCAGUCAGUCCAGCUCAACAAUAACCUGUUGAAUUUCAUAUUGUUGGCGGUGUGUCGGUGUACAGAGACUCCUCUAAACUUCCUCUGCAGUGGUCAACAUCUGAGCUGCUUUGGUUCACCACUAAAAGAAAAAGGUCUACCUCCAUUCUCAUUGCUUCAAUACUUCAUGGGCACUUUGAUUUCUUAGAUGCCGGGCUUCCGUUUUAGGCGACAUAUCUGUAUCUCCAUUGGUAAAGCGGUAUGUAUUGACCUGAAAUCUCCGAGCAUGAAUGACUUACAGUGUGGCACAGUGAUGUCUCAUGUCUGUCUGCGUUUGAUCUCGUGUCUAAUGCAGCUGUGCAAACCUAUGCAGAUGUCUUCUUGUCAUUUCAGCUGGUUGUUGGGAAGGAUCAACCCAAAGAAUGAUUUUUAUAAAAAAUAAAUAAAUAAACAGCCGAAUAGGUUUGGAUGAAAUCAAUAUAUUUAUAAGAGAAAAUGCAUACAUUUUGAAUGAAAAUCUUUUUUUAGAGAGAAAUAUACCUGUACAUUGUUAUUUGUAGGAUCUUUUUUUCAUGUGUGUCCUAACAGUGAGCAGGAAUUACACUGGUGAGAUGGACACGAUCACUCAUACCUGUGUUUAUUUGACUGUUCGGGUGUGGCAGGCAGUACAACUGGAAAGAGAUAUUCAGGAGCUCUUCUAAGUUCUGUCCAAAUUAUUCACCAACAGGAUGUGAAAACUACAAGAAGACUCGUGAAUCUCAACUUUUAGUCCAAGAGUGCACAAGAAAUACCACUCUCUGAUAAGUCACCCUUUAUAAACAGUUGAGUUGUAAAUAGUGGCUUUACUAAUGGUUAAUAAAACUACUUCUUUAUAAGGAUUAAUAAUAAAAACUUUUAGGUUGACAGGUUGUGAACAAUCUCUCUGGCUGUUGAGUUACUGAUAAAGUCAAUAGUCAUUUGACUAAUUGUUUGACAUUUUUAGUCUUAAUGUUAAGAUAAGGAAACUGUCCUUGUAUUUAAUGGACAGACAUAAGAGUGGAAAUAAUCUUUUAUCUAACUUGAAUAUAUAAGCUAAUAAGCAUAUUUCUCAAAAUAUCUAACUAUUCCUUUAAUAGUAAUUAAUAAAGGAAAUUAAAUAUUAUGUCUGUAGUAGUUAAUAAACAUUUGCCAAGAGUUUCUUAAUAAGCCAACAACAAAAGUUAAUCAGCUAGUAAAGUUAGUAAAAGUAAGUAAAUUUAUUAAGAGGUUUUUGUCGUCCUUUUCCAGGAAGUGAGAGGUCAAAUGAUUCACUGGAUGAGGUGAAUUAAAAAGUCAAACUGAGUGUCCUGCUGGAGGAGGUUAAACACCAACCUCAGAGAUUUUCACAACUUGAAAACCCAAAAUGUGUUUGUAUUUUGUUUUUUUUUUUAACUUUUAUUUAAGCAGGAAAAUGUAACAGAUUAAAAAUGACUGUUUCAGGAGUCCAGGCCAAGAUUGGCAGCACCAGGAGCAAGAUCAGUCGGAAAACCAUCAAAUCAGAAUUUACCAGAAUUAAACCUAUGUGGCAAUUUAAACAGCUUAAAAGCUUCUGUAUCUAAAACCAUAAAGUAACCAGGACCAAUCCAAAACAAUAAUGUAAUGAGACUAACACCGAUUCUAAACCUGAAAACAUCAGCAGCCAGAAGAGAGCGGCCAGUUUCUGCCGCAAUGAUCUGAAUUCACAGACGGACACCAAAUUCAGUCACGUUAGAUCUAAUGACAGAACGUACUUAAUGAUUUAUAAACCAUUAACAUAGCCAUUAAAAACUCUGUAAGAAGGGUGCCUCAUUAGAAAGUUCUCUCACGGCUCCUGUCUGAAAGGAUGUGAUCAGAAAAAACAGAAACAUGCUCCUCCCACAGGCAGGAACAUGUCUCUGUAAAGUGAGUGAAAAAACUGAAAUAAGUGUAGUUUGACACUCAGUGGUCCCUCCUCCCAUUGGCUGAUUGACAGGACAGGUAAGGAACUGCCUGCAGCAAACUUAGAUUAAACACCGGUCGCUCCUGCCAUAUCCAGACUAAUUUGUCUCCGUGUCACAUUUUGUUGGAAAAACAAUUCACUGUAACACACUGGGUUCUGUCCACAUUACGUCCUAACUGCUGUUUCUGUUUCCUGUUUGUAUGUAUUGCUCCAGACUGUCGCUCCGACGCUGUAGACUGUACUGAUCCAUUUUCCAAUUGAAAGCAUUUUUAAGACCCCGUCUGCUGCUGCGUCUUUCUGUGGCAAACAUCCUGAUGCUGCCGCUGUGGGUUGAGUGAGUGUGUGUGUGUCGCAGUGACAGACAGACAUACCACUGAGAGAAUGUGUGUGUGUGUGUGUGUGUGUGUGUGUGUGUGUGUGUGUGUGUGUGUGUGUGUGUGUGUGUGUGUGCUCUCUCUGUCGCUCGUCUCCACUCAGUCGGAUGUUAUUUUGGAAUUUAGUGCUUUCGGUGGGCUCAUUGUGCUCCGUGUGAGUGCUUCCAUUCACCACUGACUAACGGCACUGUUUCAGUUACAGAAUGCUUCAAACUAUUCAAAAUAUUUAUCAUGCAAUUUUCUUAGCAUUUUGGGGGAUUGUUUUGUACAAAUAAAUACUUAAAUACA